CUUCAGACACAACAAUGGGGUUUUGAGAAUUGUCCGAAAAACGCAAAAAACGUGUUUACCGUGAAAGGAUCUGUCGUCACGACUCAUUUUGAUUUGCUUUUUGGCUUUUUUUUUUUGGUUUUCUUCACGAGAAUUAUGGGAAAAGGCGGAAUCAAAGAAGGAGAAAGCGAAAGGAAGAGACAAAAAACAUGGCGAUGGCCUUUGGCGGCUUUGGUCGUUGUCUUAUUAGCAGUUGCUGUUAGCUCUCGAACCUCUUCUAAUGUCGGUUUCUUCUUCACUGAUCGUAACUCUUGCAGCUGCUCACUUCAGGGAAGUGGUAAAUACAAAGGUAUGGUUGAGGACUGUUGCUGUGAUUACGAGACAGUGGACAAACUCAACAGUGAGGUUUUAAAUCCUCUGCUUCAAGAUCUCGUUACAACUCCUUUCUUCCGUUACUUUAAGGUCAAACUGUGGUGUGAUUGUCCGUUCUGGCCAGACGAUGGGAUGUGUCGUUUACGUGAUUGCAGUGUGUGUGAAUGUCCAGAGAAUGAGUUCCCUGAACCGUUUAAAAGGCCAUACAAUAUUGCUGGUCUUCCUUCAGAUAAUUUGAUUUGUCAAGAGGGGAAACCACAAGCUGCUGUUGACCGGACUAUAGAUAACAUAGCAUUUAGAGGUUGGGUGGAGACUAAUAAUCCAUGGACGCAUGAUGAUGACACAGAUAGUGGUGAGAUGACUUAUGUAAAUCUUCAACUAAACCCUGAGAGGUAUACUGGUUAUACUGGAGCUUCUGCUAGAAGGAUUUGGGACUCUAUAUACUCAGAGAACUGCCCUAAAUAUUCAUCUGGAGAGACAUGUCCAGAGAAAAAAGUUUUGUACAAACUGAUAUCAGGUCUUCAUUCUUCAAUCUCCAUGCACAUAGCUGGUGAUUAUCUUCUUGAUGAGUCACGCAACCAGUGGGGACAGAACAUCGAGCUUAUGUAUGAUCGUAUUCUGAGACAUCCGGAUCGUGUCAGAAACAUGUACUUCACGUAUCUCUUUGUUCUACGUGCUGUAACUAAAGCAACAGCGUACUUGGAGCAAGCAGAGUAUGACACAGGAAACCAUGCUGAAGAUCUGAAAACACAGUCAUUGAUUAAACAGUUGCUGUACAGUCCUAAACUCCAAACAGCAUGUCCUGUUCCGUUUGAUGAAGCUAAGCUCUGGCAAGGUCAAGGUGGACCUGAACUUAAACAGCAGAUCCAGAAACAAUUCAGGAACAUAAGUGCAUUGAUGGAUUGUGUAGGUUGUGAGAAAUGCCGGCUUUGGGGGAAGCUUCAGGUUCAGGGUCUAGGGACAGCAUUGAAGAUCCUCUUCUCUGUUGGGAAUCAAGACAAGGAGGGUGACCAAACACUGCAACUGCAACGUAAUGAGGUGAUUGCACUGGUGAACUUGCUCAACCGUCUCUCAGAGUCAGUUAAAAUGGUUCAUGAUAUGGGACCAGACGUAGAGAGGCUAAUGGAGGAUCAGAUAGCUAAGGCAUCAGCUAAACCUGGCAGAUUAAGAAGAGUAUUGGAUUUAGCUUUCUCCUUUUUGGUGAAAUAAUCAUUGACCUGUCCAGCUUUUAGGCAUUCAAUGCGCUGAAUCAAAUGGAUAGUCAUCGUUGUAACAAAAUUAAAGAAAAAAGAAUAUCAUUAUACAAACUCAGCCAAAAGAUUUUGAUAAAACAGAAAUAAAAAAUAUAGAUUCUUGAGGUAAAAGUAACAUUACUUAUUAGUCUUUCUUACACAUUAAACUUAAUGAUGAUAAUAGCCUCUGUUCUUGAAUGAAAACCAAAUCAUUUCAUAUGUUUAAAAACAACAAGAAUGCAUAUGAUUUAUUAUGAAAGUAAAGACGAGUUCACAUACAUAUAUACAUACGUGCGGGUAUUAUCUCCACCCAUUUAAUCAAUGGCCAUGGACGAGUCUCAAGGAUUUUUACAUUUCAUGAUCUUGAUCUUGACACUAGUAGAAUGGGAACAUCCAUAGACCUAACUUUUCAACAAGAGAAGUAGUAGUAGUAGUAGUAGCCUUAGACUUAGUAGCAUCAUCAUCAACCUUCACGAACUUGACGACUAAAGUCUUAGACUCAUCAUUAGUGACAAGUAGCUGUGGUGCACCCCCCCAAGCCCCUGGGAUGGUUCCAACGGUUCCGUAUGAGGUAGUCAACUUAUAAGUGUGUUCUUCUACAGUAACAUUUUGUAUCUUAAACUCGCUUUUUGGGCUCUUCUCUUUACCACCGAUGAUAAUAGCAGAUGAGGAGUCAUCCACUGCCCAUAACUUAGAGAACUCGUUGCAGACUGGCCAGAUGUCAGACCUGAACUCGAUGUUUAUAGGUGUGUUUGUGGUAAUGUAGUCUCUGUCGAUGUUUUCUGUAUAUCGGAAGGUAACGGGCAAGCCUGGUUGGUAGGGAAGAAGUGUCUGGGUGAUGCCAAGUGGACAAAACGGAAGUAUGUUUGUGGGGGCUGGAACAAGACCACCUCCAUUGUUAUUCUCUGUCUUAACUGGCUGCAUGAAGUAUUUUUCCCCGACCUUAACUGGAUCUCCGUUGGAGUUUGUAGUGCCGUGGGCGCAGAUAGCUGCAGAUAAGAGGAGAGUGAUGAGCAAAGAAGUCACCGAAGGCUUCUUCAUUUUUUGAUUUUUUUUUUGUUUUGUUUUGUGUGUGUUUAGGAUUUUG